CACCCUUUACCCUCCAUCAACACCCUCCCAUUUUCACCAUUUUCCCGAGAACAUUCCAAUCAUUUUCUCUCUAACCAAACAGAAAAAAAUAUUUUAAGAUGAAGUUCGGUAAGAGCCUGAGCAACCAGAUGGAAGAGACCCUGCCGGAAUGGCGGGACAAGUUCUUGUCCUACAAAGAGCUCAAGAAGCGGUUGAAGCUCAUCGAACCCAAAGGUGGCGAACGCCCCGCCAAGCGCCCCAGAAUUGACGCCUCCGCCGCCGAUUGUAACGACGGCGGCAACAAGGAGGGCAUUUCUGCGGCGGAGAUCAGUUUCAUUACGUUGUUGGAGGACGAGCUCGAAAAAUUUAACUCCUUCUUCCUCGAGAAGGAGGAAGAAUACAUUAUUAGAUUGAAGGAGAUACAAGACAGGGUGGCGAAAGCAAAGCCUUUCCCGGACGAGAUUAUGAAGAUCCGCAAGGAGAUUGUGGACUUCCACGGAGAGAUGGUUCUGUUGGAGAAUUACAGUGCUCUCAACUAUACAGGACUCGUGAAGAUACUCAAGAAGUACGAUAAAAGAACUGGUGCUCUUAUGCGCUUGCCCUUUAUCCAGAAGGUCUUGCAACAGCCCUUCUUCACCAUGGACUUGCUCUACAAGCUCAUCAAGGAGUGCGAGAUAACGCUUGACUAUCUCUUUUCCAUGAACGACCAUCCCGUCUCAACUGAAGGAUCUGAUGGGGACGACAGGCGCAAUCCUUCAACUUCUGCCCCUAUCGAGAGUCAUGGUGUUCAUAGAGUAACCAAGGAACUUGCAGAGAUUGAGUCUAUGGAGAGCUUGUACAUGAAAAGUAUAAUAUCAGCGCUACGCGCGUUGAAGGAAAUCAGGAGCGGCAGCUCAACCGUUAGCGUCUUCUCGUUGCCGCCGCUGCAGAUGACCGGAUUAGAAGAUGCAUGGAAAAAAGUCCCUGUGCUGGAACAACUUGCAAAGUAGGUAGAUUGAUAGGUUAUGAGAAGUGGAAUUUGGGAAAGAGUAUGUUGUCCCUUUUAUUUUUUGUUAUGUUAAUUAAUUAAAAUUUGACAUGCAUCUGCUAUGCAUGCUUUCAUAUAUACUAAGUUACCAACACAGAUGUAAAAUGUAAAAUAAAGCCUUCGGCUUAAUAGAAGUAUAAUGUUGUCCAACUUACAAAA